GGUGAGGUUGUUGGUGCUCUUUAAAUUGUCACCUUGUGGGGUGGAAGAAGGAGCCGAAAAGCCAUAGCUCGCGGCGAGGAUUGCGCAAGUGAUCCUUCGGCAAUUCAAAGACCGCAACCACAGGUCUGGACUACGGUGAAGGGCCGCAUCUAAGUUUGACGCGGCCGAUCGCCUCUCACUUCUGCGCAACAACCCAGGAGCAAGGCGGCGAGUUAAGGAGCAUGUUGCGACAUGAUAGUGAUUCGGCACCGCAAGCUGAUCGCAAUGCUUCCUAUCUUCAAGACGUGCUCCGACUGUCCGUGGAUGAGACGGAAGACGAGUUCGAGGAGCGGUUACGCAACGAAGCCCAAGCACUCGGCAUAGGGAUUGACAAUCCUGUGGCUACUCUGGAAGUCAUUGACCAUGCAACACAGCAAAAGAAACCAUCAUUCGCCUCGGAUGUUUCUCGUAGGUCGUCCGAGUCGGUUGUUUCUGGGGCGUCACAGUCAACAGGGUUCAUGUCGACCUUUUCCGAGCAAUCGAGAGAUUACCAUCGUCCAUCAAUCAGCAGCCGUACGACGUUUCGCUCGUCGCUGUCGUCGCGUGAUAAUGAAGCCACCGUUUCUCGAAGAGGAGUCAACGGUGCCAUGAAUGGCAGGCAGUCGGCAUGUGCGUCGCCGCCAAUCACACCAUCGCGGUCGGCCUUCUCGUUACCGCUCAGCUUGCCGGAGACCUCGCCCAACAGGCGCUUCAGGCGCCUCAGAGGGCUGAGCAUGCUGCGGCUGCACAGUCGCAAUGGCUCCCGGGCAUCACUACCAGAAGGCUGUCCGCACUGUCCGCCCGACCCACAGAGUCAGCGACGUGCGGUGCAUAAGCUACCCUGUGGUCAUCGACUAUGCUCGCAAGCGCUGCGCGAAAUCGUUGAGCCGGCGACAGGGAGGAAGUCGGGCUCUGUACCGAAGUGCUGUGGGUUGCCUAUACCCAACACACUAGUUGAGCAGACCACCACGCAGGCCCACCGAAGAACCACGCUAGCAAGGCUUGAGCAUCAGGACGACGCGAUGUCCUUCGCAAUAUCUGCGAAGGUGUCGCCUAGGGCGUCUCUGGCUGUUCAGCAUCACGAGUCCUCAACCAACGCCGGCCGGACGGCAUCCGAGGAAUCAGCCAUAGAUCCAUUGACGCCGAGAGCGCCACCGACCCCCGACGUCACCUUCACGCACCCUCAAAUUGUCGCAUUGCAGCAAGAGCAGGCAGCACAGCACGACCGCUUUCAUAGCUGGGUCGACGAGCAGCGAAAUACCCUCCAAUCCCACCACGACCGUCUCCGUAGUGAUCUCCAAGCAAUACAUGCCGCCGAUCUGUCAUAUCUCUCCGAAACCCAUGCGGCCGCCAUAGCGGAGGCGGAAGACAAACAAGUCCAAGCCGAAGCCACCCUUCGCGAGCAACAUGCUCAAGAGAAGCUCUCCAACGCCACCGCGCUCAAACAUAUGGAAGCCUACUGUGCUGGUACGUAUUUCAGUGAUGGGUCGCCGCACGGCCGUCCCGUCACGGAGCAGGAUCGUGUGGAGCUAGAAAGAACGCGACGAGCGAGGGAAGCAAUGGAUGGGAAGCAUGAAUGUGCGAUCAAUGUUUUGAGAGGAGAGCAGAGCCGACGGAUCAGAGCACGGAUACUGAAGCAGGACAGAGAGGAGCAGGAGCUGAUGAGAUCGCAACGCAGAGAGGAGAUGGAGUUGGAUCGUACACGAGAAGCGGAAUACGGACGCUUGGAGGAAGAGGUGGAGAUAAAGAAAGCGAGGCUGCAGCGGUGGCGUGAUAUUCGGGUUGCCAUAUGUGUGAGACGGCUUGCAGAUGCAGGUAACGUUGAUGGUGGGAUUCGCGGGCGACCCACAGUUGUCGAAAAGGAGGACUGCGCAUCAGAGUCAGCUCAGCUCGGGAAGAAUGACAUGUCGGCCGCGCACGGAGCUGUUCUUGAGAAAGUCAAGUCGGGCGGUAUAUGUACGGGCAUUGCUCUUUGCGGACAGGCCUGACGGUAGUGUCGCUUGUGGUGGCUGCUAUGAGAAGGCUAAGCUGGGCAUGGCCAGCUGCGUUUCGAGGAAUCUACAGAACCGCUCGUGUCUUCAUCGGCGGAGACUGAGCGCUUCGGAAGGCGGGUCAGUCGCGCUGCAUCUGGAGCGAUGUCGCCCAAGGGGAUGCGAACAGCUCAACACUCGUGCAACGGCAAGUGACAGGCAAUAUGCAGGAUACGCAGCUCAACAGUCCCCGAACAUCAGCAACGAUACAGAGUUAGCAAGGGAGCAAUGUAAUUCGAACUCGCUGUGCUAUUGUCUCUGCUGCCCUCAUUGUUU